UAGUACAUACAACUUACAUGAAUGCGGCAUAGUCGACCAUAUUCGCUUCUCUAGCUCGAAGUGAGUGCGUGGACACUACUUCGCGACGAAGCAUGCUUACAUUCGAGCAGAUGCGCCGUUUGUUAUCCUUCACGUAACCGCUUUAAUCUGGGUAAAUGCAUGCUUAGUUUACACUCCUCCCGAAUACCUUGUAUUAAGCAUUCAGUUCCAAUGCGGAAGGGCCUCCAGUAAGGACACCUUAUGCCGCAUAGCUCAUAGGAAUGGGAUGCGGCACGAGCAAAUCGGUUCGCUCGCCCAGCGUAUCGGUACAGCCGAUUGUGCAGGAGGAGGACGAUGAGGCCUACUGGCACCUAUACGUGAGCUGGACGGAUGAGGAGGAGCAGGGGCUUGACCGACUGCUGCCCCAGCAAACGGGGUCAGCAGCAGAGGCAGGCGAUGAAGCCGGAACAGUUGCGGCUACAGCCACUACGGGCGCAGUACGACUGUCAUUCCUGCAGGAGUUUGUAAGAGACUGCCUGCCGGCUUCAGAGCCGGACAUGCCCACGUGGAGUGUCGUACUGAACGUAAUAGUACCUGCUACAGCAGACGUAGCAGGGCCUUAUGUGAAAAAAGAGGAAGCAGCUCCUCACACGUUGCCAUGCGGCAGCCGACGGCCGUACUAUUUCGUUAGCCACGCUUGGAGUCGGCCGCUGCGAGAGACGGUAUCCAUGCUGACGCAUCACUUUCGGGGCUGGGAUCCCAAAGAAGUGUACGUUUGGAUCGACAUUCUUGCCGUACGACAGUACAACCUGGCGAUUGAGGUUCAAGGGGGGCCAGACAUGGCUGCAGUUGAUGCUGCCAUCAAGAAUUCAGCUGGCGUGCUGCUCUGUAUAGACGAAAGCGCCAUCGCCCUGCGCCGCACCUGGUGCCUCUACGAGGCCUGGCUGGCAGCAACCACCCCUCAACCGUCAACUGCAACAGACAGCAGAGCAGCAGCCGCAGCUCCUGUCUCAGGCGGGGAUGCGGCAACUACCUACUACGUGGCGGAAACCAUGGAUGCCACCUCUGCUACUGCUGGUGGCGAUACCUCCACGGCGGCAGCUGCUGAAGCAGCUGCCGGCGCACAGCAGACCUCUCCCAGGGGACCCUCAGCCGCAGCAGCUGGGCCCGCAACAAGCGCAGGAGCGGGGAGUGGGGCUGGAGGUGAAGGGCAGCAAGGUGGAGGGGGAGUAGCAGGCUGGUUUGGUCUGGCGGGCGGAAGCAUCGGGGUGACGGCGCUGUACCCGCGGCUGCUGCUGCCGGAGGAGCGAGCAAGGCUGUUCUGCAAGAUCGACAUCCGCAACUCCCGUUGCAAGCUCAAAGCGGACCAGGACGCGCUGCUGGCUGCUGCGCGGGCCUGGGCGGGUCCGGGCGGGUUGGACCGGGUGAAUUACGUGCUGCGCCUGGCGCUGGGGUUGCAGCCGCUGGUGCCUGACGUGACUCCCGACCUACACCCGGGGCCUGUUGUGAAGGCUCCGCAGCUCUGGGACAUGAGCCGCCUGGAUGACUGGCUUAGCCUGCCGGAGUCCGACGCAAACUACGCGGCGAUGGCUUUGUACGGUCCUGCCUGCACCGGCAAAAGUUUUGCAGCUGCUGCGGUGGCGACACGUCUGCGGUCGCAGGGCGUGCCUGUGGCUGCUCACUUCUGCCAUAUGACUGAUGCAAGGACGCUGGACCCCAUUACGCUGCUGGUCUCCCUAGCGCUGCAACUCACUCAAGUGCCCGACAUAGGGCCCCGCCUGCUGCGGUACUACGGCGAGAUGCUGCCCGUCGGGUUGAUUGCGGACCUCAUGUCGUACAACGGUUGCGCUGCUGCCGUGGAGGCGGCGGUUGAGGCACUGCUGGUGCAGCCGCUGCAGCGUUUACUACAACCGGAUAUCAUGGACGGCGGCGUUGCCAGUGGCGGCGGAGCUAGCAGUGGGGGCGGCGGCGGGGGCCGUGGGCUGCGGGAUGGUGGGGCCCCUGCUGCUGCCGCUGCUGCCGCUGCUGGGGGUGGUGGAGUUAGCGGCGUGUAUAACGUAGGGGACCAGCUGCUGGAGGAGGCGGAGGAGGCGGAGGGAGCAGGGGGAGGAGGGCUGAUGGGUGCGAAAGGGGCUGGCCGGCGGUCCGUCCGCAAUCCCUCCAUACGGGUGGCGGCACCCAAGGCGCUUGUCCUCAUCAUUGACGGAGUGGACCAGGCGGAUGGGGCCGUCGUGGGGGGCUCGGCACCGUACGACAACCAGAUCUUGCAACUCAUUGAGGAGCAGCUGCCCAAGCUGCCCUCAUUUGUACGGCUGGUAAUCACCAGCAGGCCAUCUCCGUACAUCGUAGCUCGCCUUGCCGACAAGGUAGGGCCCCUGGAGCUAUCACCCGAGGCGCUCCGACCGGCCAAGGUCUUCAUGCGUAACUUGCGACUAGCCCUGGCAUCCAUCGACUCGACGCAGACCCAGCGCCAGCGUACGGCAAAUGCAAUGCUGCUCAUGGCACGGUCCCAUGGGUCGCUGCUAUAUGUCAAGCUGGCGCUGAGUUGCCUAGAAAUGGAGCGUCAAGUGGCGACUGCAGCGAUGGCGGAGGAUGCGGAGCGUGCGCUAGCGGUGUCGAAGAGCAUGGCGCGGAGAGAGGGUGCUGCUGGUGGUGGUGAUGGAGGCGGAGACGGCACGGCUCCGGCUGACGGUGGAGGUGGAGGUGGUGAUGGCGGUGCUGGCGGAGGAGGUGGAGGAGGAAACAGUGGAGUCGCCGCCAUGUCAAGAAGCGUGUCUAAGCGGGCCUCGCCACCUCGCUGGAAGCUUGACCUGGCUGACCUCCCUCCGACACUGCAUGGCCUAAUGGAGAGGUACCUAGAGCUGAGGCUUCGGCAGCUAGAAUCUCCGGAGCAGCGUCAUCGCGCCGCUAAGACGCUUGCCGUACUAGUGGCGGCACGAGAGCCCCUGACGGCGGCACAACUGGUGGCAGCCGUCGGCGUCGUCGCCACCGGCGGCGGCGGGGCUGGCAACAAGGCAGACACUGACGCCGCCGCCGGCGGUGAGGGAUCCCGCAAAUUCAGCUGGUAUGAGUCCCGGCGCUACGGCCGCUCUGAGACAUCCAAGAGGUUCAGGUCCUUCGCGUCUCGAAGCCGUAAGACUCCCGUCGCAACGCCGCCACAGCCACCGCCGCAGGCCUCGCAGCCGCCGCCUGCUGCGGAGGCUUCCCUGGAGGCUGUUGCAGCAGCGGCGGCGGCGUCGACCACGGCGGCAGCGCCGCCUUUGGCGACUGAGCGUUUCAUGACGGAGUUGGUCCUCAAGGGGUUCGGCAUGCUAGUGAAGAUGCGCGGCCAGCAGGGACACUGCACGCGAGAGGCUGUGCUGGUACAUGCCGUGGUGGGAGAAUGGUUGCAGCCCUGUACGCGCUUGCUGCUGAGCGGAACGCUUCUGGUAGACGUCAUGGCCGCUCACAGAGGUCUUGCGGGCGUCUGCCGGGACGAUGUGCUCGCUUGCUUGCAGCCGCAGCCACAGCAGCCAACGCAACAAUCGCAGCAGCUACCACAGGAAGGGCAGGGGCAGCAAGAUCAGUCAAAACAGGGAGUGCUGCAAUCACAGCAGCAGCAACAACGUGGAGGCAGCAGUGCCAAGUUGCCGCCGCGCGGUUACAGUGUACGGCACCUCUUCCUUCAUGUGGGUUUGGCGGCUCUAGCCGCCACCGCCGCCGACGAAGGCUACGGCCCCAGUGUCGGUGGUGCAGCCUCCAUCGCCGCUGCUGCGGCUGCGGCCGCAGCAAAUGCAGGAUCUGCGGUCGCUAAAGUCAACUGGCCAGCCGUGCUAGAACAGCUCCUGCAACGGUUGGACCUCUGGACGAGCAUCUACAUGGCGGGAGCUGGCAACGCCGCGCGAUGGGCGGUGUUGGCGCUAGCGGCGGCGCCGUCGUACAGCAAUGCCGUACCGACGGCCGACCCGUCGUCUUCCGAGUCCGGGCUGGCGGUGCUGCUGGCGGAGGUGCGGCGCUGGUUGCUGCUGCACCACACGCGGCUGUGCUGGUUCCCGCUGGCAGUGGUGUCAUCCAUGGCAACGCUGCCGGAGGAUGCCUUGUUACGGACUCGCGCGUUGGAGCUUGCUGCUGGUCCCGAUCCCUGGGCGCCUGACGUCGACCCGCCACCACCGGACGUCACCGCCACCGCCAGCAACAUUCAGCAGGACGAGGCGCAGGCUACUGCUGCCGCCAGCGGUCCCGCAGAGCCGCAGCACCUCAUGCUCCUCAGCACGGGCGACCGCUGGUCCUGCUGCGUGCAGUCGCUGCGCACCAACGUGGCGGCCCGGGUGCUGCAUGCGGCGCUGCACCCCGCGGGGAGGCUGCUGGCGACUGUGCAUGAUUGCGACCGCGGCGUGCUGCUGUGGGACCUGUGGGGCGGGCGGCUGCUGCAGACAAUGGACCAGUCGUACGGCAUGGGGCCCAACCCCACCGCCGCUUUCUUCACACAUGACGGGCGCAGGCUUAUCUGUGCAGCGCGUUCUGUUUUCGUGUGGGAGGUGUCCACGGGCCGGCUACUGAUGGAGCUGCGGAGGCUGCCCCCGCGGACUAACAAGCACCGCGCAUCCGCGGCCGGCAAAGGAGAGGCACGGCGGGAAAGCCAGCAGCAGCUGCCGCCGCUGGUGUUGGCGCCGCUGCCUGGGGAGCCGCAGCAGCAGCCGGCUGAGGAGGAGGAGGAGGGGCAGCAGGAGGGCGCGGGCGGGGGCGAGGAGGGAGGGGACCCGGACGGGCCCGUCACGGCACUGGCCAUGUCGCCGGAGGGGGGCAGAGUGGCGGCGGGGCAUGCCAACGGCGCCACGCGGGUAUGGGACCUCUCCUCCGGCAAGCUCCUCUUCGUCACCUUUGUGUCGCACCACCGCCCCGUCACCGCACUCGCCUUCAGCCUGCCACCGCUCAUGGCCACCCUAGUGGCGGCGCACGGGGAGGGCGGCAGCGCGGCGCCCAGGGCAGGGGCGCCGGUGGGGCAGGACGAGCUGGGGGAUGUGCCCACCGCACUGAUCAAGGCUGAUGACCUGACGAUCCACGUAUGGAAGAUCCAGGCAGGCCCGCCCAAGGAGCUUGAGGUCCUCAAGGGCCACACAGCCCGUGUGAACGGCCUCGUGUUCUCCACCCUUGAUGGCAACAUGGUCACCGGAUCAGCCGACGAGACGGUACGCACCUGGUGGGACGACCCCAAGACUCCGCAAUCCGACUACCGCCAGCUCUUCAUUCUCGGCGGAGCAGGAAAGGGCGCCGUACACGCCGUACAGUUCAGCCCGCCGCCGCCGCCCUGGAUGCUGCCGCCGCCGCUGCUGCGGUCCGCGUCGUCGGCUCGUGCGCUGACGCCGUCUCUGUCCCGACGAGCCCUUAGCCGCCAAGCCACGGCGACUGCUGGCAGGAUUUCCGCAGCACCAUCCGCUGCGGGCGCUGUUCUGGGCCCCGCUGCUGCCGCCGCGAUGACCUCGGGCGCCGCAGCCUCCGCAGCCGGCGCUCCUCCCAAGGCCGGUGGAACGGCACUGGACUUUAGCAUUGGAGCCUACGCGAACCUAACUGCGGUUUCUGUGGGAGCGCAUGUGGCUCCCGUUGGAACCAUUAGCCCAGUGGAGCUGGUACGUAACCCCUACUCCACUGCUGGACUUGGAGACGGCAGCAAGGACGGCCUACCGCUUAUGUCGUACUCUUGCGGCAAUGGCGUCGUCCGCCUGUGGUCCCCACGAACCCAGCGCAAGAUCGGCCUGCUCCGAGGCAUGGCCGGCCCCGUAACCAGUCUCAGCUACAGCGCAGACGGGCGGCUGCUGGCCACCGCAGACCACUCGAACCCCGGUGUGGUGCGGGUGUGGGACGUGGGCGGCGCCAGCGGAGAGACCCCGCUGGACAGCUCCCCUGUCACGGGGGCGGGCGGGCUGCCGCUGCGGCACCCGGUGGAGAGCAUGACGCUGUCGCCGGAUGGUCGCAGGCUGGCGGUGGUGUGCGCCGACCCAAGCAAGGAGUCGCUGCGAGUGUACGACGUGUUCAACGGCAAGCGACUGGCGCUGAUGGCCCCGAGGGGCGAGGGCGGCCACACCGGCAAGAUUAACGCAGCAGCCUGGAGCUGGGACAGCAGCCGGAUAGCCACAGGAUCUGAUGACCUGACGGUUCGCAUCUGGUACGCGGCCCCACCCGCCGCACCUCCUGGGAACCCCCUCGCGGCCGCCGCGCUCAUCGUCGCAGCCCGCAUGGAGUCGCGGGUUCAAUCCCCAACGGCCUCAAGAUCUGCUUCCGUCGCAGGAGGUGCCCUUUCUGCUGCAGAUGAGGAUACUGAGGCUGCUGGCGGCAACGCUGGGAGCCCGACAGCGGCACCGGAGGCCGUUAAACAGCCCGGUUGUUGUCAGUUGGUGCUUACAGGGCAUCACCGGAAGGUGCAGUGCGUGGCCUGGGCGCACAACGGCAAGCGGCUGGCAUCCGGCGGAUACGACCAGAUGGUUCGCAUCUGGGACGCAGCCACCGGAGAGCAGGUGGUGCUCAUUUACCAGGUGUCCUGGGUGUCCACCCUGGCCUUCUCUCCGGAUGACUCCCGCCUGGUAUCAGGAGCAGCCGGCAAGGCGGUCUACAUGUUCAACUCCACCACGGGCAAGCAGCUUGCGGGACACGCCAGCAGCGGCCAUGCGGAUGAAGGCGGGCAGGAGCAGGGGCAAGCGGCUGGCGACAAGGAGGUUGGCCCGGAGGAGAGCUGGAUGGUGGCGCUGCGCUUCAACCCCGACGGCACGCUGCUAGCCUGCCGGGACAUACACUCCUGCGUCACGCUGUGGGACGUGAGCGGCAUGCGGUUGCGGCCGCUGCGAGCGCUGGAGGGGGCCUUCCGGGAGGCCCUCUUCUGCCCCAACACCGGAGAUCUGCUGCUGUACGAGUUCACGGCCACGGGCGCCCUGGUCACGUACUCCAUACCCGACCGCGCCCUACCGCUGGGUCGAGCCGUACAACGGUCUGUCGCGCUGACCCACCCGCUGCUCGAGUUCCGAGGAGUGGCUUCUGAGUCGGCCCUCGGUCAUAAUGCUGCUGUGCUGCUAUCAGCCGAUAACAGGGCUUUCUUCUUCGCUACUGGAGCCCAUCUGGCAGCUGUACGGCAACAGACAGCUGUGGAGGAACUCGAGGGCGGAGGAGGCGGAGGCAUGGGGUGGAUGGCGUUUGGCGCGGGGAACCAAUCUGUAGUCGUGUCCCGGGUGCCUAGCCCCCGAUAACAGAGGCCGAGGGGGACCGACGAGCGGGAGCAGGUUUGGAGGAUUAAAGAGUGACACGGAGGAAGAUUGGGAUACUCAGGUGGAUGCUUUAAUGAUGUACCCGCGAUGCCGGGGUUUGGCAGAGGGGCCCGUACGAGGGCCCUGUUGAUGCUCGUAUUUGCUGUGUUCCACCAAAGUCGCUAGGAUGGUGAUUGAUUGUGCUGGUAUGGUUUGCUUAACAGCUAGUCCAUGUGAUUACGCAACUAUGUAAAGGGUCAAACCCUGCAAAUGUUGCAUGCUAGAGUGCAUCUGCACCUGCCUUGUGCGUUAAUCUUGAUGUCUUCUGGGCAUAGUAACCUCCCAGUUAUUGUCAUGCUGUGCUCUGUGAAGCACUUGUGGCUGCCUUUCGUUAGGCCGCCUUGACGCUGGCUUGCUACGGAUUACGGGCAUGCAUGCGUGCGUGCGCAUGCCAUGACCUAUUGCUGAAGGCAUCGUAAAAGCAUGUGGUUCAGGGGAUGCUUAUGGUUCGAGGAAGUGGCUUCGGAGCAGCAGCAGAGGGAGCAGUGUAGGACUUGGCAUGCUACCGAGGACUCUUGGGCUGUGCGAAGGCGGAGACAGAGUCUGUAACUCGGGA